AUGUAUCCAAAAACAAAUAAUCCAGUCUUACAAAUUAAGGGUACAAUGAUAUCUCCUAGUUAAUGGGGAUUUAGCAACAUAACAAUUGAUUAUGGAGUUUGCUAAUUACAUUGCUAAAUAUGCUUGGAUGAAACCACGUGUUAAGUUUGUGAUUAAGGAUAUUUCCUUUUGGGAACUGAAUGCAUCAAUAAAUGUCCCAUAUACUCAAAUGAUUGUUUAGAUUACGUAGACGAAAUACCAUUUUCAUAAUAUCUAGUGAAAGCAUUUUAUGACACCAAUAUGACAUUUGAUGAAAUAUCAUCUCAUUUUGAUUCGGUUGCCUAGAGUGGAGGUAAUUUCUUAACUGGAUAAUAUUUCUCUACUAUGAAUGAUAAAUUUGUGAUGGGCGGUCUUUUAGCAUGGAACAAUGCGAAAUACACUAAAACAUAUACAUUUACUAAUCCUCAUUACGCCAUAUCUAUAAGAUUUAACAUCACAUUUGGAGAUGAUUUUAAUGGGGUCUUUAAUUAUUAUUUAGAUUCUUAUAGGUAAAAGACUAUUAUUAGAUAACAAUCAAAUGAUGAUAUAAACAUAAUAGGUAAAGAAAGUAAGGAAAGUGUGACAUUUAUAUAUUAAUACUACUAACACACAUCGAAUCAAUUCAAAAUAGAAUUCGAAUGCAGUGCAGAACAAGAUCUAAGAGAUGGAUUUUGUGCAAUAUCAGAAUAUUUCAUUGUAAUUCAUUAAUGUGUAACAGGGUGCUCUUCUUGCACUAGUCUUGAUGUGUGUACUUUAGGAACUGAUUUACAAAGUUGUCCUGCACCCUAAUUUUGGAACUAUGAUGCCGCUACAUCAGAUUAUAUAUGUUAAGAUUGCACUUUGAAUUAUUGUAAAUAAUGUGUCACAGGAUCUCAAUGUAAAGUUUGUUCAGAUAAAUUUUCACUAAAACAUGGAACUUGUAUUUGCGAUGAAACUUAAUAUAGAACAAUAGUAUCAGCCAAUUGUGUUUGUAAAACAGGUUAUUAUGAGGAUUAAUUUACUAAAACAUGUUAACCAAUAUGCGGAGAUGCUCUUGUUGUGGAAAUGGAAGUUUGCGAUGAUGGUAAUUUAGUUCCUUUUGAUGGAUGCAAUCAGUGCAAAUAUGAAUGCCAAUUAGAGUGUUCUUUAUGUGUAAAUGGAGAAUGUUAAUUAUGUUAAGAUGGAUAUAUGAACAUUUAGAUGUAAUGUUAUCCUGAAUGCUCAUUCAAUGAAGCAUAGAUAUAUCCAUGUUUUGAUAUUGAAGAAAAUAAAAUAUAAAAAUCAUAUCAAGCACCUUUGCCUAUUUCAAAACCAAUUUGUGGAGAUUCAUUAAUUGACCCAUUCUUAGAACAAUGUGAAGAUGGAAACAUACUACCAUUUGAUGGUUGCUAUAAUUGCUAGUAUUCUUGUCCUGAUGAGUGUUCAACUUGUGCAGUAGGAGUAUGUUUAGAAUGUAAUCAAUAUUGGGGUUUAGUUAAUAAAGAAUGUGUUGCUGUUUGUGGAAAUGGAUAUGUGUAGGGAAAUGAAAUAUGUGAUAAUGGAUAACUAGAUGUCUAAUUGAAUGGAUGCUAUAAUUGCGAGUGUGUUAAAGGGUAUCUGAUGAUGGAUAAGUAAUGUUAAACUAUUUGUGGAGAUGGAUACACAACAAUGGAUGAAGAAUGUGAUGAUGCAAACUCAAUUUAAAAUGAUGGAUGUCAUCUUUGUAUUUUAGAAUGUUUGAAUUGCAAUACUUGCAUAAAAGGACAAUGUUAAUAAUGCAAAGCUGGUUAUUACAAAAAUAAUGAUCAAAUUUGUUUAGACUCUUAAUGUGGAGACAAUAUCAAAAUUGGCUAAGAAUAAUGCGAUGAUGGCAAUCUUAAUGAGUUAGAUGGUUGCUAUUAAUGUCAAUGUGAACUAGGCUGGACUACUAAUUCAGGUAAUUUAUGCAAAUCUAUUUGUGGGGAUGGUAUUCUUGUGAAGGGAGAAUAGUGUGAUGAUGGCAAUAACAUUCAAUUUGAUGGAUGUUAUUUAUGCAAAUUUGAUUGUAAUGGUUAAUGUGCAGAAUGCUAAUAAGGUGUGUGUAAAUCUUGCAAUUAUGGUUAUAAUUUAAUCAACAACAAUUGUGUCAACACUUGUGGAGAUGGAAUUCUGGAUAUUUUGAAAGAAUAAUGUGAUGAUUAAAAUCUAAUUUCUAGAGAUGGAUGUACUAAUUGUUAAUUGGAACCAGGAUAUUUAUGUUUUCAUGAUAAUCUUAUCUUCAAUCAUUGUGAAUAAUGUAAAGAUGUUAAUUGUUAAAAUUGUGUAGUCAUUGAUGGAUACUUUGUUGAUAAAUACUAUUCUUGUUCUGUUUGCGAUAAAAUCUGUAUAGAUUGUGUUACUACCUAAAAGAAUUUUAAAGAAUGUAAUUUAAAAUUAGGAUACUAUUAUGAUUAUUAAUUAAGAGAUUGUGUCUCCAAAUGUGGAGAUGGAAUAAUUUCUGGAUCAGAGAACUGCGAUGAUCGCAAUCUUAAUGAUUUCGAUGGAUGCAGUAGUAAAUGCUAAAUCGAACCUGGGUACUUAUUUGAUAAAGAUGGUAAUGAAUUGAUUAUUGAACCUAACGUAGAAGUGGAAUUUGAAUCCUCUAAUAAUAAUUAGUAUUCAAUCAUUGCUGAUACCUCAUAAAAAGCAAUCAAUUGUACAGGAACAACACUUCAUAUUGAAAAAUUUAAUAAGACUGAUUAUAAUUAUACUAUUCUAGAAUCAGAUCUUAAAUGUGAUCUAGAUAUUGAAUAUUUUAAAAAUGUUGAACCAGUUAAUGUUAUUCAUGUCAUUAUUAAGUAUAAAGGAUAAUAUAAAAAGAGAGCAUUAGAUGAAGAAUCAAUUAAGGAAGUUUUAAUCGUUCCUUAAAGAUAGGUUUAUGUAAGUUAGGAAUAAAAGGAACAAGGACAAAAAAUGGCUUAAACAUCAAAAACAGUCUCGUAAUCCUUACUUAUUUUAGGACCACUUGCUAUGUUGGCGGGAGGAUUUAAAUUUAUAUGGUCAAUUUUAGAUAUUUUGAGUUGGUUGAACAAUUUUUACUUCUUAAAUGUCACAUAUCCUGAAAAUGUCAGACAAAUAUUCUUAUAGGCUUAAUGGGACAAUAUUGUACAAUUUCCCUCAGUCAACACAUUUAAUAAUCAAAACGAUCCUUAUUAUUUCUAAUCCCCUACAAAGUUUAAUGAUAAGGGAAUAGAUCCUUUAUUCUUUAAUAACAUUCAAACUAUUCUUAUAUUUUUAAUAUAAGUAAUUUGUACUAAAAUACUUUGUAAAUAUAUUAGGAGAUUUCUUGAGUAUUAUUAUAAAACAUCAAAUAAAACAUUCAAAAUAAUAAAAUCAUAACAGUCAUUUUUUUAACUUAAUAAACCAUCAUUCUAAGUAUUAAAAUAAUAGGAUAUAUAUUAAUAAAAUUAGCAACUUGAUUAAGAAUAAUAAGCUUUUCAAAUUGAGGUUAAUAUUAAGGUAUAACAAUAAUAAUAAGAAUAAUAUGAAUAAUAAUAAGAAUAAUAAGAAUAAUAAGAAUAAUAUGAAUAAUAAUAAGAAUAAUAAGAAUAAUAAGAAUAAUAUGAAUAAUAAUAAGAAUAAUAAGAAUAAUAAGAAUAAUAAGAAUAAUAAGAAUAAUAAUAAUAAUAAUAAUAAUAAUAGGAUUAGAUGGUUAAUUAAUAAUAAUUUUAAAAUAUUCCUUAAUAUUUGUAAUAAAUAUAUAAAAAUAGUGUUUAAUGUGAUGAAUGUUUUAUAGCAAAUUUAUUAAAGACAGUAUAAUUAAGUUUUCUUGAUUUAUGUUUAGCAAUAACAUUAUAGAUAACAAAUUAAUAAACAUCAGAAUAUAUAGUAGUAAAAGUAAAUAUAAUUUUUGCUUAUGUAAGUAUAAUGAUAUUAGGAUAUCUAUUAUAUUUUACAUAUAGGAUUUCAAUAACUCAUAAAAAUCAAUUGAAUUAUAAACAUUUUAAUGAUAGAUAUAGUUGUUUUUAUGAAGAAUUGAAAACUGAUCAAAGAAUGGCUAUGAGCUAUUCAUUUGUUAAUUUAAUCAGAAAAACAAUCUUUAUUAUUUCAACAGUAUUAUUAUAUUCAACUCCAAUUUAUCAAACAACAAUUUGUUUCUUAUCUUGUGUAUUGAAUAUAUUCCUAUUACUAUAAGAUAAUCCAUUUGAAACUAAAUAAUAAUACUUUUUAAAUUUAAUACCUGAUCUUGGUGUUCUAAUUAUUGUUGGAAUUACUAUUGUUUUAGCAUUUUAAGAUAGUUUUGUUAUGUUUAAUGAUUAAUUCAUAUAUAAUUUAGGAUGGGUCAUUACUGCAUGUAUCUAUCUAUCUAUUGGAUUGUAACUACUCUUUUUAAUAAAAGAACUUUUAAUCAAAUUAAUUCAUAAAUGCAAAAAUCUAAUAGACCACUUUAAAAAAAAAUGA